AUGCUGGUUAUCGUGCAAAUCAUCGUACAACUCCUUCGGACGAAAAGCUUCGAGCAAGCGAAGCCGUUCACUCUACAUUGCUCUUUACUCAUUCUUGUUCUGGUAUAUGCAUUCAUCGGAGGAUUCAUUUUCGAUCAUAUUGAGACUGAUGCUCAUGCUCAAAUGAAGAAGCUCGAGCGGGAGAAUAGGACCAACUGUGUUUCAAAAAUUUUAUUUUCUAUCAACGACUGGAAUUCGAGCCCAAAAUAUCAGAGAAAACUCAGUGAAGAGAUUGCGGACUGUUUUGAGCCUGAAAAAGAUGAAAGAAGUGAAUGGAAUUUCGUCACUGCUACCCUUUAUGGGUUUGGAAUUGUCACGACUCUAGGUUAUAAUCGGAUAGCGCCGAUAACAUAUACUGGAAGAAUGUUCUGCAUAAUAUAUGGGAUAUGUGGAAUUCCUGUGACUAUGAUCAUAAUAGCUAAUGUUGGACAGUACUUAAACAAUUUCGCCGGAGAUUCGAGAAGAAGGAUUGAAGCCUAUCGUCAACAACGCCGGAUGUCAAAAGCCUCUCUAACGGGAAAAGUUUACAAGGAAUCUUCUAUUCAAGUGACCUCGUUGGCACUUUUGUGUGUUUUCCUAUUGUACGUGACCAUGGGAGCAUUACUCCUUCCUGCAUUGAAUGGAGAGUUGGAUUUUUUCAACGGGUUGUAUUUCAACUUCCUCUGCCUAACCGCGAUCGAUUUCGGCCAAUUAGUUCCGAUUCGCGUGGAAUUCCUACCAAUCACAUUUCUCUAUGUCUGCAUUGGCCUCGCUAUCACAACGAUCGCUAUCAAUAUUGGUUCUGAGUAUAUGAAGAAACUGCAUUAUUGGGGAAAGAAGAUGAAGAAUGCGGCGCAAACUAAAAUUUGGUUCGGUGGCAAAACAUUAAAAGUGCGCGAUCUUUUGCACGCUGUUGGAAAGAAAUGUGGAGUUGAGCCCGGUGUAAUUGAUGCUCUGGACCUUGAAAAUGUUGUUGAGCGAACUAUUGCCAUUCAAGAAGGUAAAGAGCCUCCAGAAGAUUUAAACGAAGAACCACCACGUGAACCAUCUCCAAGAUCUGUGAUCCAUUCUCCAUGCUCACAAAGGAAUCCACCAAUGAGUCCGCCAUCGCCAAACGAGGAAGACCCAUUCAUAGCUACACCAAAAGAGGCAGUUUCUCACAAGCCAUCCUGUUCUUCAUUUGUGUUGGACAUUAAAAACCCAGUGUUUCAAGAUCUUUCUAAUGAUUUUGUGAUACAAUCAGCUCAGGAUAAGAUGUUUGAUGACUCCGAUAUUCAAGAGAUUGAGGUUAACCCAGCGGAUGUCGAAGAAAUUACUUGUGAAGGAGUUGUUAUCAUCGAACCGCCGAUGACCUAUGAAGAUGUCAUUGUCAAAAAUCCAUCAGCAUGUAGCCUCGAGAAAGAAGAAAAAGUUCCAAAACGGUUCCGCGAAAAGAAAGAUAUGUAUGGCCGUGAUCCCCGCAAACUCUAUGAAACGUAUCAGGAAGAAUGGGAUAGAUUGGAACGAUUAUCGGACAAAAAGCAUGGUACGCGUAGGAAGUCGGUGUUGAAUUUGAGCAGCAUCUCUCCGGAGAGAAGUGUUUCCCCGCAGCCGAAUCGUCAUUCGUUGACAGAUGAUAAUCGCCGACUAUCUUAA